AUGGGUAUCAAACUCCACUUCCUCCAAGCAUCUCGCUGCAUUCGCACAGCAUGGCAACUGGACGAGCUCGGCCUGGACUAUGAAGUCAACUUCUCACCACGCGUGAACAAUGCAGCACCAGCGGAAUUCAAGAAGCAGGCAGGUGGCCUUGGGAAGUUCCCAACGUUAGAGGACGAUGGGGAGAUGAUCUACGAGAGUGGGAACAUUUGCGAAUACCUCUGCGACAAAUACGACAAGCAGCACAAACUCAUUCCAGCCCCGGGCGACGCACAACGCCACAAAAUCCUGCAAUGGGUCCACGCCGCAGAAGGAACAUACAUGGUCCACGGCCUCGCAAUCCUCUACGCGAAAUGGUUCCAACAGGGCGGUGAUGUUGAGGCCACGGUCGAGCGCUUAGGCAAGAAUGUUCAGAAAGACAUGGACUACCUCGAGUCAGCGCUCGGAGAGAGUAAGGGGAAGUUCCUGUUCGGUGAUGAGCCCACGGCUGCGGAUAUCAUGAUGCACUUCUCGGCUGCCUUCAUUCUGGCUAGAGAGCUGGGGAUGAAGGGGAAGUCGUGGCCGAAGAUUAAUGAGUGGCUAAAGAACUGUGAGGCGAGGCAGGCGUAUAAGAAGUCUGUGCAGCAUACGGGGCAUAAGUUGUAG